AAGGUGGAGCCAUACCACGGGAGUGAGUGUAAGCCACAGCUGGGAGCUCUAAGACUAGCAUCUCUCUCACACGAGCCAUGGAGGAGGCCCAGGAACUCUUGAAACUGACUCUGGGACAGAGGCUGGAGAAAUGUGUGUUCCGGAUCACACGCAGUGGGCCUAACGGUACUCCCACAACAUCUGAUGGAAAAGGCAAACGGCUUGCGUCGGCACCACAGAAGAAGAAAGGUCCUGGAAGACCUCCGAAAUGUAUUUCAAAACAGUUGCCAACUUCAGCCACAGCACCACUGAGACAUCGGCCAGUGGACCAGUGGGGAUCA